GCCCUCCUAACCCCGCUCUCCUCCGCUGCGCAUUCCCUGUGGUCUUGUCUCCCCCCACCCCAAAUCUGCGCAGGGCCUCGCCGAACUCCCCGCGGCGACGAAGAUGGUGGGGAGCGUGGGCAACGGGCUGGUGGAUCUGGGCGCCGCCGGCGCGGGGGCGGUGACCGUGAACGGCUUCGGGAAGGCGCCGAAUCCGGAGGCGGCGGCGGUGGUGGAGGGCAAGGGGGAGGAGACUGGGAACGGGAGGAGGGAGAUCGUGAUGGGGAGGAACGUGCACACAUCCUGCUUCGCGGUGAAGGAGCCAGAUGCGGACGACGAGGAGACUGGCGAGCGGGAGGCCACCAUGGCCAGCGUCCUCGCGCUCUACCGCCGUUCACUCGUCGAGCGCACCAAGCACCACCUCGGUUACCCAUACAAUCUGGACUUCGAUUAUGGUGCACUGGCCCAGCUGCAGCACUUCUCCAUUAACAACCUUGGUGACCCCUUCAUCGAGAGCAACUAUGGUGUCCAUUCCAGGCAGUUUGAGGUGGGAGUGCUGGAUUGGUUUGCUCGCCUCUGGGAGUUAGAAAAGGAGGAGUACUGGGGAUACAUUACUAACUGUGGCACAGAAGGAAAUCUGCAUGGGAUUCUUGUUGGGAGAGAGGUGUUCCCUGAUGGAAUCUUGUAUGCCUCUCGUGAGUCCCAUUAUUCAGUAUUCAAAGCAGCAAGGAUGUACAGGAUGGAAUGUGUUAAAGUUGACACCCUUAUUUCUGGGGAAAUAGAUUGUGCUGAUUUCCAGAGAAAGCUAUUGCAGAACAGAGACAAGCCUGCCAUUAUUAAUGUCAACAUUGGAACAACUGUGAAGGGAGCAGUUGAUGAUCUAGACUCGGUUAUCAAAACCCUCGAGGAAAGUGGCUUUGAAGAUCGGUUUUAUAUCCAUUGUGAUGGCGCCCUUUUUGGAUUGAUGAUACCAUUUGUUAAGAAGGCACCUAAAGUGACAUUUAAAAAGCCUAUUGGGAGUGUCAGCGUCUCUGGACACAAGUUUGUUGGGUGCCCCAUGCCAUGUGGUGUCCAGAUAACAAGAUUGGAGCACAUAAACGCCCUUUCUAGGAACGUGGAGUAUCUGGCAUCAAGGGAUGCGACGAUCAUGGGAAGCAGGAACGGCCAUGCUCCUAUCUUCCUGUGGUACACCCUCAACAGGAAAGGCUACAGAGGCUUUCAGAAGGAAGUUCAAAAGUGCUUGAGAAACGCACACUACCUAAAAGAUCGCCUCAAGGAAGCAGGAAUUGGAGCGAUGCUUAACGAGCUCAGCAGCACGGUAGUGUUUGAAAGGCCAAAGGAUGAGGAGUUUGUGCGAAGGUGGCAGCUCGCCUGUGAGGGAAACAUCGCCCAUGUUGUGGUGAUGCCCAGUGUCACCAUUGACAAGCUGGACUAUUUCCUGAAUGAGCUAGUGGAGAAGCGUGCGACCUGGUACCAGGAUGGAAUAAGUCAUCCCCCCUGCAUUGCCAGAGACGUAGGCAUGGACAACUGUCUAUGUGGCCUCCACAAGUAAUGAGCCUUUUGCAAGGGGGUUUAUUUCGUGAGUUGAGUUAGUCCUAAUGUGUGAUGUUGUAGUGUAUCCAUUCCUUCUGUAUGUGAUAAUGUGUUCUGCAGUGCAGCUUAUUUGCUGCUAUGAGAAUAAUUCCUUCAGUUAAAUUGAUGGGUGGAAGUUUCAUCACCUUUGCCU